CAAGCAACCCUAACUCAGAAACUCCUCCAGCAACCCAACUCUCAGACCAGCUCCCGACACCAUGGCCUGCUGCUCCACUAACUUCUGUGGGUUCCCCAGCUGCUCCACCGCUGGGACCUGUGGCUCUAGCUGCUGCCAGCCAACCUGCUGCCCGACCAGCUCCUGUGGAACCGGCUGUGGCAUCGGCUGUGGCACUGGCUAUGGCACUGGCUACGGCCUGGAGGGUGGCUCCGGAGCUGUGAGCUGCCGCACCAGGUGGUGCCGCCCUGACUGCCGCGUGGAGGGCACUGUCCUGCCCCCCUGCUGUGUGGUGAGCUGCAUACCCCCAUCCUGCUGCCAGCUGCACCAUGCCCAGGCCUCCUGCUGCCGCCCAUCCUACUGCGGACAGUCAUCCUGCCGCCCCGCCUGCUGUGCCUACUGCUGUGAGCCCACCUGCCCAUUGUGGAAGUCACUGCCAAAACUCAAAAACUACUCCCAGCAACCCAACUCUCAGCCAGCUCCUGACACCAUGGCCUGCUGCUCCACUAACUUCUGUGGGUUCCCCAGCUGCUCCACCGCUGGGACCUGUGGCUCCAGCUGCUGCCAGCCAACCUGCUGCCCGACCAGCUCCUGUGGAACCGGCUGUGGCAUCGGCUGUGGCACUGGCUAUGGCACCGGCUGUGGCAUCGGCUGUGGCACUGGCUAUGGCACCGGCUGUGGCCUGGAGGGUGGCUCCGGAGCUGUGAGCUGCCGCACCAGGUGGUGCCGCCCUGACUGCCGCGUGGAGGGCACCGUCCUGCCCCCCUGCUGUGUGGUGAGCUGCAUACCCCCAUCCUGCUGCCAGCUGCACCAUGCCCAGGCCUCCUGCUGCCGCCCAUCCUACUGUGGACAAUCCUCCUGCCGCCCAGCCUGCUGUGCUUACUGCUGUGAGCCCACCUGCUAAAAGCCAGGCUGCUGAUUUUUAACUUGAAGUUUCAACUUCUAACUCAACUUACGAAUAUCUCAACUACCCUGGACCAUUAGCAAAAUCUUGAACUUUUACUGGGCUCUUUGUUGUGGGAGUUACCAAAUAUUUGGGCUUCACAGAGCUAUCUGAUUCCAUUCUACACCAGAAAGACUCUGAUCUCCCCCACUAAGGCUGCCAAAAUACAAAUUUGGUGCCAGAAAUGGGAAAAGCAGUUUGCCUUGGAAUUGACCUUCAGCAAACAUUUGCUUCUACUCUCCGUGGUUCAAUGCUGCCAAGGCCAUAGAAGAACCAUCUGCCCUUCUCAGAUACAUUCACCUCUUAUACUCCACUGUCCUGAAAAUUGCACUUCCUAUGAAAAAGGAAUAAAACACCAAUACCUAAUAAACUAUAUAUACUUGAU